AAGCAAGAGGAGUGGCGCGCCAAACCAAGCAAAGGCCAAACUGCCUAUGAGAGUCGUAUCAAUGACAAUUUUGCCUUUGACCGAGCCGAGAUCGACAACGACAAGUGAAGAUGAGUGGCAGUGCGGCGGCUGAUGUGGUUGUGGAGGUGCUGCGGGCUGGCCCAGCGCGAAAGGACAAGUCCUGCAAAGGCGUCAUCGUGUUCCUGCACGGGUGGCCAGACACGAACGCUCUCUGGAAGAACCAGGUCGACUUCUUCACGAAGCACAAGUACCAUUGUGCGUGCCUUUCCCUGCCCAGUUACAGUGGGUACGACUCGUCUCACAAAUGGGCCUUGGACUUUCCGGACGUGCGAGAUGUGCUUAUUCGGCAGAUCAAGGAGGUGAACGACGGGAAGCCUGUGCAUGUGGUUGCGCACGACUGGGGUGCUGUAUUUGCGUACAUGAUUGAGCGCAAAGCACCCGAGCUGGUCAAGACGCUGUCCACGAUCGAUGUUGGUGGCCGCAUCCACAUCGCAUCCGUCGCGGGGAAGGUGCUGGUUCCGGCGUACCAGCUUUGGCUGUCAUCUGCCUUUGUUCUCGGGAACGUGGUGCCUGUAGUUGGCAAGCCGAUCGGGGACCUGAUGACACGACUGUGCGCCAAGUACUUUGCGCACUCGCCGUCCUUCUCUGCGGACCAUGGCUCCCACGUCAACUAUCCAUACUUCUACUUUUACAAAGGCCUCUUCCUUGGUGGGAGUGGAGGUACAAACUACCUCAAGCACUACUCACCUCAGCGUCCAACCUUCUACUCCUACGGCGCCGCCAAGCCCUUCAUGUUCCACUCGGACGGAUGGCUCAAGGAGAUGGAUCGCCGCGAGGACUGCCAAGUGCAAGCUUUCCCCUGCGGGCAUUGGGUGCAAGUUGAUCAAGGAGAAGCGCUGAACCACGCCAUUCUCAAGUUCAUCACCACCCACAGCGCCUAACCUCUGUGUGUGUGUGUGUGUGUGUGUGUGUGUGUGUGUGUGUGUGUGUGUGUGUGUGUGUGCUUUUCAACCUUGCUGUCAAUGUGUGUCAUUCCCUCUGCUGUUCUCUGUGUCUGUCUCUGUGAAUGGCUCGUUAUCCGUUGCCUCUCUACGUGUUUACCCGCUGUCGUCGACGUGUCAUGAGUGUCUUCAUGUCGGGGGCGGGGGGAGGCUGGAUCAAGCGUUGCGUUUACAUCAGCCAUCACACUAAACAAGCAACACGGCAGA